GCUAAAGAAGCACAGAUGUGAAUGUGCACGCUGAUGACUCCAGUUAUUAUACCUGCAGGUUUGCUUUGCGUGCACGAUUAAUAAGCGGUCUCGGUUUACAGUGUUUGCAUCAUCCGUAGAUUGGACAUUGUGAUCAGCUCAACACGGCAAACAGCACAAGCUAAGCGCGUUUGAAGAUGUCUGUAACGGAGAUGUUUAGCUAUAUUCAGGGCUUUUUGAGUGCCGAUCAAGAUAUUCGAGAGGACAUAAGAAAAGUUGUCCAAGUUCUGGAGCAAACAGCCAGAGAGAUCCUCACUGUCCUUCAAAGUGUCCAUCAACCAACUGGCUUCAAAGACAUUCCAAGCAAGUGUCUAAAGGCCAGAGAGCUGUUCUGCACUGUCAGAAAUCACACCGGAGAGCUGAAAACCAAAUUCCCUGUGGAGCAGUACUAUCGGUAUCAUGAACUCUGGAGAUUUGUCCUUCAGCGACUCGCCUUCCUUGCAGCGUUUGUGGUGUACCUAGAAAGCGAAGCAUUGGUCACACGUGAGGAAGUCGCUAAAAUACUUGCCAUUGAAGUUGACAGAGAAAAAGGGUUUCAUUUGGAUGUGGAAGACUAUCUCGCUGGAGUUCUUAUUCUGGCAAGUGAGCUGUCCAGGCUGGCAGUGAACAGUGUGACCGCAGGGGAUUACGGGCGUCCGCUUAGGAUCUCAAACUUUAUCAAUGAACUGGACUCUGGCUUUCGCUUGCUCAACUUGAAAAACGACCCCCUCCGCAAACGCUACGACGGCCUCAAGUACGACGUUAAAAAGAUCGAGGAGGUGGUGUACGAUCUGUCCAUCCGAGGCCUCGCCAAGGAGCAGGAGGCGGGAGAAGAGAAGUAGAGGCAUUGUGGGAAUGCAGGACGCCCUGGUUGCGAUUCGCCACAUCUAGAAGAAGAGUGCUAGAACCUGUCAGCGGACAGUUGAAGAAGGGGAGGGAACGAAGGUCCUCAGAUGGUGUCUUUUAAACCAUCUAUCCACCUUGACAAAGAACAGGUUUCAAUGGGAAGAUGUUUUCUUUCUCACUUCUGUUGAGAGAUGCUUUUGUACAGGUGCGUUCUGUUUGCUUGUUCUGUUUGAUUGGAUGUUUUUAUACUAUUAUUGAUAUUUUUGUCUCCGCCACGUGUAUUUCAAACCAUUCUACAGUCAAACAACAUGAAGAAAUAUGGGAAACGUUGGGGGGAAACAGAGGGUCUGUGCAUGUUUUGUUCAUUUCUGUCUAGAAUGACAUGUGAAGACGCUUUUGCAUUGGACAUUUAUUUGUUUAUUAAUUAAAUUGAGUUUUUGAAACACUUUUUAUUUACUAUUAUUAUUAUUAGUGGUUAUUAGUGGUUUUUCGCUGAAGAAAUCGAUAAACAUACCAAAAUGACAAGCUUUAUACUGCAAUCUGCAGUCUGUAAAUCGUACAUUUUCCUUCACUGUUGGUUCGAUGUUUGUGUCGUGCACAAUUCCGUGUGUUUCUCUGUUAAAUGGAUGGUUUAUACAAAAUAAAAGUUCUGUCAUAAAUGUUUCAUUUUCAGGUUGUUCUGAAAUUCUUGAAUCCCGUUGGCUUAGAUUUUUUUCAGUGGAAAUCUUCUUU